ACGACUCGAAAUCGGCCUCUUCGCCCAAGAGUUCGUUGCUUAAAUAAAACCGGGAUCGCGGUCGAGUGUCGAUCUUUUUUCCCAACUUCCCUUUCCUUCUCCUUUUCUCCCCCUUCUGUUUCCCCCCUCCUACUCUCUUUCUUCGUCUUUUUAUUUUUAUUUUAUUAUUCUUUCACGUCGCUACUCUUUGGUGGACGUUCGCUCUCCAACAACCUCUCGACCGUCCUCGAAUUCGAAUCGUUUGUCUGGAGAAAGGGUCGCACAAUCUCGACAAACAGAAAUCAGAAAAGAAAAGAAGAAACCUCGGGAAUUGGGACUCUCCUGGCCCAUUGCGUCUCGACCUGACCUGCUUUCUUUUCUUACCAUAACGAUACGUCUCUUGACCUACCCCCUCUCCUCCCGUCCACUCGGUAAACCGCCAUGCGUGCCUUGGCCGUCCUCAAGAAGGUCGGCGGAUGGUUGGCCCCUCCGCCCGCCAAAGCCGCCGAUGGCCGCGAUCUAUGGCCCUCCCGGGCAGCCUUCUUGCUGGCGUCCAUGGGCGGAUGCGCCGGCAUGGGAAACCUGCUGCGCUACCCCUCUCAAGUCUACAACAACUAUGGCUUGCAGUGGUUCAUCCCGUACCUCAUGGCCGUCUUCCUCAUCGCUAUCCCCGUCCUCGUCCUCGAAAUCGCCAUCGGCCAGGCCCACCGAGGCGGCACCGUCAUCGCCUUCAACAGCAUCAACCGGCGCCUCAGGGGCACCGGCAUGAGUCUGCUCUUCAUCGGCUUCGUCGUCGGUCCCUACUUCACCGUGAACCUCGCCUGGAUCAUGACGUACUUUCGCUACUCUUUCCACAGCCCGCUGCCUUGGGCGGGUCGCGGACAGGAAUUCUUCGAUGACAGGGUCAUCAUGAACCCGGUUCCCAUCGAGGCCAAUGCCAGCGCCUCCGGCUACCGCGAAUACCCCGGAAUCGCCAUGUUGGGCGAGACCACCGGCUGGAUGGUCUUUACCUGGUUCCUGAUCUGGCUCUGCAUCUUUCGCGGCGUGGGCCUGACCGGCCGCGUCGUCUACUUCACCAUGGGCCUCCCAAUCAUCAUGACCGUCGUCCUUAUUGGUCGUUCGCUUUCACUUGAGAACGCGGGAGAAGGCGUGAAGCUAUUCUGGGCUACUUGGCGAGGUUCCUUGCUCGGCCGUGGUGAGAUCUGGCAGACGGCUUGUGGACAGGUGUUCUUCUCUACUGGUGUCGGCUUCGGCUACUUCACUUCAUACGCCUCGUACAACCGCAAACACUCGAAUGCCGUCGUCGACGCCAUUGCCAUUGUCAGCAGCAACGUGGCAUUCGAGAACAUCGCCGCCUUCGCCGUCUACGGCGUCGUGGGCUUCACCCGGAUGUGGCCCCAGGAGGGCGUCCGUAUCGGCGGCUUCACCAUCGGUUUCCAGACCCUACCGCUCGCCAUGGUAGAGAUGCCGGGCGCCAACUUCUGGGCCAUUGUGCUCUUCUUCACCCUCAUGACCCUCGGUUUCAGUUCCGCGUUCGCAAUGCUGGACGCCGUCGUCACCAUGGUCAUGGACUCCGGCAUUAAGACCCCGCGCCCGGUCGUCGUCACCGCCCUCACCGUCCUCUCGCUCAUGCUGUCGCUCCCGUACUGCACCGAGUUCGGCUACUGGCUGCUUACCGGAGUGGAUCGCUGGGUGAACGACGUGGCCCUCGUCUUCGUCGUCUGGUCCGAGUGCGUGACCUCCACCACUGUCUACCGCUGGAAAGAUGUGGCCGGUCAGGUUGGCAAGCCUGCGUUCUGGACGUACCAGUUUGCUUUCUUCGGUGGACAGAUCUUUGGCGUGAUUGUGGCCCAGGCCGUCGCGGCCGAAGUGGGCGCCGGCGUCGGAUUCGGUAUCUACAUCAUCGCCGCCGUGGCGGCCGUUUUCCUUGCGAAGACCCCGGAUGUACCCGCUCCCUCCUUCUGGGGUAGGAAUGCGUUCCUGGCCCGCUUCUGGUACAUGGCCUUCUAUUCGGCCGAGCAACUUCGCCGCGACCUGAACGUCAUCGUCGGCUCCGGCAAGAACUGGGACAUCCCCGUGUUCUGGGGCCCUCUGGUCAAGUACAUCGCCGCGCCGAUCCUCGCCAUCGUGUACAGCUUUUCCUAUCCCGCCUUUUACGCCGAGGGCCGUCGCGACCCGCUGCACAUCCUCGGCUUCGGUAUCGCUCAUAUCGCGCUGAUUAUGAUUGUGCUCGGCUUCAUCCUCCCCCGAUGGUUCGACGUCUUCAUUCCGCCCCAGCGCCGCAACGAAGGCAGGACCGACUAUGCCCCGCGUGUCACGCUGGGAAUCUUGGACGCCGAGAUGACCGACCGGCUGGAGUCUGGAAGCGGAAGCCAGGAUGACGCCGCCGUGGAUGGGCGGGAAAAGAAGGACGACAGCCCGCCUGUCGCGUCGGCGGAUGAACUCUCUGAGGAGAAAGUCUCCGCUACAAUAACAUAACUCUUUAUUUAGUUGGUGAAGGGCUAGAGAUUUGUGGGACUGUCUUCCAAGUUCUUCUUUUGAUUUUAUAUUCGCGAUACAUACCCCGAAGAUGCACCUGCGCCUUGUAGAGGCUU